AUGGACGAAAAUAAACCAACACCGUCCAUUGAAGAUGAUGUAACCACCGCUGACAGCCGGAGAGUUGGAACGCGCCACCCUAUCUACCGUGGCGUCCGGAAACGGCGAUGGGGAAGAUGGGUAUCAGAAAUUCGGGAACCGAAGAAGAAAUCUCGUAUAUGGCUAGGGUCAUUCCCGGUGCCGGAGAUGGCCGCAAAAGCCUACGACGUCGCAGUAUAUUGCCUCAAAGGCCGAAAAGCGCAACUCAAUUUUCCCAACGAGGUCGAAAAUCUACCACUUCCGGCCACACCUACGGCUAGAGACAUUCAAGCCGCGGCGGCCAAGGCGGCGAGUAUGAUGAAAUCUUCUCUUGAUGAGAAGGGUUGCAUUGUGUCUGAUGGAGAUAGCGGUGGCGAUGAUUUCUGGGGUGAGAUUGAGUUGCCGGAGCUGAUGGAGAGCGAGUGUUGCUGGAGUUCUCCGAGUGAUAUGACGGUGUGGACGGAGGUUGAGGUUUUGGCGCAGCAACCUUUGAUGUCGGCUUGUUUUAAUAACUAA